UUCCACCCUCUAAAGCUUCCACAAGAACAGUUCAGCCAGCCCCUCUCCCAGUCAGUCCUGUUCAGGGGUUUGGUGCUCAACACCAAAUUCUGAACAGUCUCAGCCUGUAAUGUGCUGGGAGUGUUGGGAGUAAAGAGAAAAGAGGCAGAAAGAAAAGAAGGUAGGAGAGAGAGAGAGAGAGAGAAAGAGUGAGGAACAUAUAUUUUUCUCCUAAUUGGGAAGCAAACAUUCUUAUUCCUGAAACAAACUCUAAAAGGUCGGCUGGUCCUGCCAUGACGUGCCUCCUGCUACUAUGUUCCUUGCUGGCCCUGAGCCGGGCCCUGCCUUUUGAACAGAGAGGAUUCUGGGAUUUCGGCCAGGACGACGUGCUGGGCAUGUUGAAUGAUGAGGAGUCAUCUGGAGCCGAGCCAACCUCUGGGGUGCCAGACUUCGAUGCCAUGACCCCGACGUUUAGUGGCAUGUGCCCAUUUGGUUGUCACUGUCACCUACGGGUAGUUCAGUGCUCCGACCUUGUACUGAAGACGGUGCCCAAAGAUAUUUCCCCAGACACCACACUCUUGGAUCUGCAGAACAAUGAAAUUACAGAACUCAGAAAAGAUGAUUUCAAAGGUCUUCAGCACCUUUAUGCCCUCGUCCUCGUGAACAACAAGAUCUCCAAGAUCCACGAGAAGGCUUUCAGCCCCCUGCGCAAACUGCAGAAGCUCUACAUCUCCAAGAACCACUUGGUGGAGAUUCCUCCCAACCUGCCUGCCUCCCUGGUGGAGCUGCGGAUCCACGAUAACAGAAUCAAGAAGGUGCCCAAGGCGGUGUUCAACGGACUGAGGAAUAUGAACUGCAUUGAAAUGGGUGGCAACCCCCUGGAGAACAGCGGGUUCGAACCCGGAGCAUUCGAUGGCCUGAAGCUGAACUACCUGCGGAUAUCUGAGGCGAAGCUCACAGGCAUUCCGAAAGAUCUCCCAGAGACCCUGAAUGAACUCCAUCUAGAUCACAAUAAAAUCCAGGCGAUUGAGUUGGAAGAUCUGCUUCGUUACUCCAGGCUGUACAGGCUGGGACUGGGUCACAAUCACAUCAGGAUGAUUGAAAAUGGAAGCCUGACCUUCAUGCCCACCCUGAGAGAACUGCAUCUGGACAACAACAAGCUGGCUAAAGUUCCCCCAGGUCUGCCCGACCUCAAAUUCCUCCAGGUGGUUUACCUCCAUUCCAACAAUAUCACCAAAGUGGGAGUGAAUGAUUUCUGCCCCAUCGGCUUUGGGGUGAAGCGAGCCUAUUACAACGGCAUCAGCCUCUUCAACAACCCGGUGCCGUACUGGGAGGUGCAACCGGCCACCUUCCGCUGUGUCACUGACCGCCUGGCCAUCCAAUUUGGGAACUAUAAGAAAUAAAGAGGCAGGCGAGGGGCAGUGGGGCAGGAGGGAGGAAAAGGCUGGGGCCUAGAAUGAAACAAGUAAGGAUAGAGAGAGAGAAAGAGAGAGAGAGAGAGAGAGAGAGAGAGAUGCAUCAAAAACCCUUAGUUUAACUUUCUUUUCCACUCUGUGCCCAUUGCAUACAAGGACACAGCUGUUAUUAGAUGAGGAAGUUGUCCUAGGUUGCAGGUAGCAGUGGCUUAGGUUAAAAGACUUGUAGUCCUGUUUUUACAUGCUUAAAACAAAAUCCUCAUUGGCCUCAAGACUUUAAAAACAUUCCCCAUCCAAUGGUAUUUGGUAGUUACAAUACAUUUUUUUUUUGUCUUUUCCUGGCCUUGUCCCUUAAGUAUUCCUCUUUGGAUUUCAAAUACAAAUUUCUUGAAGCUUUCAUUUUGGCAUUUUAUUUGGUUCUGGAUGUGUAGAGUUUACAGUCGUCUGUAAUCUAACUCCAGCAAUCCCACUUCAUCCAGCCCCAUAUGGGUAUUUAUUUCUCUCUCCCCCACCCCCUCUCCCCGAUAUCAAAUGGUCUCUCCUCCUUUUCAACUUCACCCCUACUGCCCUUUCUCCACCACACCUCCAGAGUCAGUGUUUCAGGCAAAGACCAGAUCACAAAAUGAAAAUCUGACAACGUUGUAGCUCAAGGUGAGUUGAAAAUAAAUAAAGGCUGUCACAGUUAUUUUCCCUUAGGGUCUCCCCUCCCAACCCCAAAGAAGGACUCUAUAAGAACAAGAGUAGUAGCUUCUACUUCCCGAAUACGCUUUCUAAAAAUCAUUCCUUAUGAUGGAUAUUCAACAAUAACUGUUCCAGGGCUGGAAGUUCAUGAUUGUGUGAUGACCUAGUGCUUUAGUUCAUUUCCGGGGGGACACGUUGUACUACCUGGGAAGAGGUUUCAGCCUAUAUGAAAAAUUCUCUGAGGAAGUUGAGAGGGAGAGGAGUAAGGACCUGUUGGCUGGCCCCUUAGUUACAGUGAAACAACAGUCCCAAAACAGGAAGUAUUAGGAAUGACAAGAAGAGAAGCUGGUAAAAGAAUCUGUCCUGGGGUCACCCAAGACCCAGCAAAAGUUCUCUAGAGAGCUGGAUUUGCUCCGGGCCUAAACUAUAGGUGGUUCCUCUGUCACCCUUUGGAGGUUCAGCUAUUGACGCUGUCACUUGGGCUCUGGGUGCUUGCAGGCAAGACGAGGGAAAGAGCUCAGUUCAGGCCAUUGGUAGUUGAAAAUCCGCCCAGAUUGGAUGAUGAGCUUAAGUGUGGCCAAAUUCCACUUUUUGGCCCCAACUACUGAGUCGUGUCUGGAUGUGGAUGCUGGAAAUGCUUAAGUCGGUGGCCAGGUUUCAAAUCACCAUCAAAAGCCAAAAAAAAAAGAAGCCCAAAGAAAAGUGAUGGUAAUUUUUUUGACCAUAUCUUCAUUGAUCAGUGAAUAGUGGAGAAAACCAUCCAUAUUCUGUGUACAUCCUCCAUUUUAAUAAAACCUUUCUCACCUCCCUUCCUCCUGCACCAUCCUCCUUCACGUGUUUCAGAAUCCUGAGGAGGAACGAUGCUGUCUAGAGAACCACAGAUAGGUUUUCAAACCUGGGUCCACCCCUGUCUUCCCUCCACCUGUCUCAGUGCAGGCCAAGAUCCCGUGCCAAGUUCAGGCCUUCAGUGUGCGGAGAAUAUGUGAGGGCGUGAGUAUGAAAAAUAUCCCAGGCUGAAAGAGAAGAAAAAAUACCUGCUUGUAUGGGGUGGGGAUAGAUCCCUGUCCUCUCUCUGGUCUCUAUUACUUCUGCCCUCUGUUUAAGUGCAUUGCAAGGAAUCUUUCUGGGUGAAAUUACACCAAUUUACAAAGUAAAUUUCCUUUUAUCUUUUUUUAAACCAAGUGCAAUAUGAUCCCUGUAAUGGUGUUCAAUAAAGGAUAGUGUUUGACUGCC